AUGAGGUACUUCUUAAGAAUGGAAGUAGCAGAAAAGCUAUUAGUAUGUCGUAACGAAAAACAUAUCCAUGAUCUGUUGAUUGAAAUAGGCAUGCUUGGAUGCAAGGCAUGCGACAAACCUAUUGAUACGGGAAAAAGAAUAGAGAAUAGUGGAAACCCAGUUGAAACGGAUAGAUAUCAACGACUAGUUGAAAAAUUAAUCUACCUAUCUCAUACCAGACUAGACAUUGCUUUCGCAGUGAGCAUGGUAAGCCAACAUAUGCAUUCACCAAAAGAAAUUCAUAUGGAAGCAGUAUACAGAAUCCUCAGAUAUCUAAAAGGCUCAUCUAGGAAGGGGUUAUUCUUCAACAAGAGUGAGAAUAGGAUAGUGGAGGUAUUCACCGAUGCAGAUUGGGCAAGCUCAACAGAUGAUAGAAGAUCAACUACGGGUUACUAUACUUUCGCAUGGGAAAACUUGGUAACAGAUAAUAGAAUAUUAAUAUUUCUCUUAAUCCGAUUCAACAUGAUCGAACCAAACAUGUUGAAGUAG